GCGGAGCGGCGCAAGCGCCGUGCGAGGUUUAGGACCUGGAGCGUAAACAAGAGACGGGAAGGGAUGAGGCGACAGCAGAAGUUGGAGCAGCGAGCGGCGGUGGUGGUGACAGCAACUGUAGGAACCGAAGCAACGACCACAGCAGCUGGAGGACCCACGACGGAGGAGACGACUGUGGUGAAGAGAGGGGCCUGGAGCCGAGCCUGACUCCCUCGUCUCUAGAGCGCCCGAGCCGAGCCCCCCCCCUCAGUCAUGAACCUGGCCAGUCAGAGCGGGGAGGCCGGCUCCAGCCAGCUGCUCUUCGCCAACUUCAACCAGGACAACACGUCCUUAGCUGUUGGUAGUAAAUCUGGUUACAAAUUCUUCUCCCUUUCUUCUGUGGAUAAGCUGGAACAAAUUUAUGAAUGUACUGAUACUGAAGAUGUGUGUAUUGUGGAAAGAUUGUUUUCAAGCAGCCUGGUGGCUAUCGUUAGUCUCAAAGCUCCACGAAAACUAAAAGUCUGCCACUUUAAGAAGGGGACUGAAAUAUGCAAUUAUAGCUAUUCCAAUACCAUAUUGGCAGUUAAAUUGAAUAGGCAGAGAUUGAUAGUAUGCCUAGAAGAAUGUCUGUACAUACAUAAUAUUCGUGAUAUGAAGGUAUUGCAUACAAUCAGGGAAACUCCUCCUAACCCUGCAGGUUUGUGUGCGCUGUCAAUAAACAAUGAAAAUUGUUAUCUGGCUUAUCCUGGGAGUGCAACAAUUGGGGAAGUACAAGUCUUUGACACAAUUAAUUUGAGGGCUGCUAAUAUGAUACCAGCUCAUGACAGUCCCCUAGCAGCCUUGGCUUUUGAUGCAAGUGGUACCAAACUUGCCACUGCUUCUGAGAAGGGAACUGUGAUUAGAGUAUUUUCCAUCCCAGAAGGACAGAAAAUCUUUGAAUUCCGGAGAGGAGUAAAGCGGUGUGUAAGCAUCUGCUCUUUGGCCUUCAGCAUGGAUGGAAUGUUCCUCUCUGCGUCCAGUAACACUGAAACAGUGCACAUCUUCAAACUUGAGACUGUGAAAGAGAAACCUCAGGAGGAACCAACUACCUGGACUGGUUACUUUGGGAAAGUGCUUAUGGCCUCUACCAGCUAUUUGCCCUCUCAAGUAACAGAAAUGUUUAACCAGGGUAGAGCAUUUGCUACUGUCCGACUACCAUUUUGCGGUCACAAAAAUAUCUGUUCACUUGCCACAAUUCAGAAGAUUCCUCGAUUAUUAGUGGGAGCUUCUGAUGGAUACUUAUACAUGUAUAACCUGGACCCUCAGGAAGGAGGGGAAUGCACUCUGAUGAAACAACACAAAUUGGAUGGCAGUAUGGAGCCGGCCAAUGAAAUCUUAGAAUCUGCAUCCCAUGACCGUCCAUUAGUAGCUCAGACCUACAAUACUGCUGUGACAAGAGGUGCUUAUGUACCUUCCUCACCUACGAGACAUGCAUACACAGAGGAUCUGGGUGCAGUAGGUGGUACUUGUCUGGAAGAUGAAACCAAUGCACUACGAUUGGAUGAAGACAGCGAGCAUCCUCCCAUGAUUCUUCGGACUGACUGAACUUUAACCUGUGAACUCUAACCCCUUGAAGCAGAGAACACUGGCUUGAUACUUCUUUGAGGACUCUGUGUUAAGCUGCUAUGAACUUUGACAUGAUUUGGGGAGACAGGAUGGCAGAGACAUUUAAGUUGUAGCCGUAGACUAAUAAUUAGAAAAUAUAUUGUUUUCACUUCUGUGGCUUUUAAUCUUCUCUAUUUUAGCUUUCUUGGUUUUUUCCCCCCAUUUUUUUUUUGCCAAAAUCAGCUGUUUGGUGGACCCUUAGAACCUCCUCGCUUUGCAUGCAUUCAUGUGCCAAGCUAGCAUAGGAGAAAGAGAAGCCACUUUAUAACAAACUAAAGUUUGUAUUUCUUUUUAUACAUGUAUAUAAUAGUAAGUAUAUAUAAAGAAAGUGUGAAGACAUGAUUCUUAAUGCUGAGGUUAGUUCUGCACUGACAAAGGUCCAGAAAGUUUCUUAUGCAUGGGCUUGUCGGUGUGCUUUAGUGACUGACGUGUGACCUUUUGAGAGACACCCUCUUUCUUCAGUUUCCCACUCCUGGACCAUUUAAAAAAAAAAUUAUUUUAUUUUUUGUUAAUUAAAUUCCUCCUGAAUGUUGCUCAUUUGUGGGACUUCUGUGGUGGACUUUUCUUUUGUUCUUGGUUCUGUUUUGUGGGAGUUGGAUAAGGGUGAUCUGUUUUCAGAUCAAAAACCAACUCCUUCCCCUCAGCACAUGAAGUUGAAAAAGUACUUAAAAACAUCUAGAGAUUAAGAUGGCAUGUGCAGUUAAAUCAUCUGUUCAUUAUUUUAGAUUUCAGGGUUUGGUUUUUUUUUUUUUUUUGUGGGUUUUUUUUAAUCAGUGCUGACUUUAAGGAGAGUGUCUAUCAACUACUUUUUCCAGAAAAGCACAAAAAAACUUUACUUCAAUUUGUUGCUAAGCUGUCUUCUUACUGUAACAAUAUCAUUUCCAUUCUGUAAGGGUUUGAUCUUUAAGAGAAUUCCCAAGGCACAAAAAUAUGAGAAAAAAGAAACUGAUAUAAAAUCCUAUAUAGUUAGGUUGGGUUCUGUGUACUUUUGUGUCUUAAUUUUUUUUGAGAUGUAUUUAGCAAAAUAUGAGAUUAUGGUUCUAAAUGUCACUAAUCUGUCAGAUUCCCUGUUAUUUUCUUUUUCUUUCUUUUUUUUUUUUUAAAUGGGAGAUAAAGGCUAAAGCAUCCUGAAUUACUUCAAUCUCUGCAUUCCAAAACAAGACACAUACCAGUUUAUUUUGUGAUAGAAACUUAAUGGUUUGAAAGAUAUAAAUCUGACUCAGGGCUGAGCUUAAACUUUAUAAAUAGAAGCAAGAAAAAUGUUGCUUUAACUAGUUUUUUGGUUUCACUGUUGAAUUUUGAACAGUAGGCAGUAAUGAAAGAGGGGAGGUUUUUCAGAUUUGCUCUUUGUGUCUUGGUCACUGGCCGAAUUAAACCGUAUGUGAAAGAAAAAAGUUAUACAGGUGGUAGCCAAAGUUUGUCAGUAAAACAUCUUCACAGCAAAAUUCUGGCUGCAUGUAAUUUCCCUUCAUCUGUUCAGAAAUCGGGGGUGGGGGAGGAGAGUAAGGUAUAGCUCUGGUAAGCAUCUAAAAGAACAAAGCAGUAAAAAAAAAUUUAAUGAGGACUGCCCAUAUCUCUCUUUAAACAAAAACUUGGUGUAUUCACUUGAAGUUUGCUAUAAAGUGAUUCUUAGGAACAUGAUGGGAAGUUAUUUGGGUAUAUCAGAGUUGAAGUAAUAGAAAUGCUACCCUGGGAACACUUUUGUAGAACAAUUGUACUAUCCUGUAGCUAGUUAUCUAAUUGCUUUCAAUUUUCUCUCUCAAUUCUCUUCACCACCAGGAUGUGGCAUUGUAGUUUAUGAUAAGGUUUUGUAAUACAGAGUAAGAAGUGUUCCCCUUACAGUUGGGAGCCUAACUUAGUGUUUUGAUGAAUGAAGAAGGAACUGCUUUUUCCUUUCCAUUGUAUUGAAAUGUCAUUAAUGUUAUUGUGGGAGCACGCACAAUUAUUUAUUUAUUUAUUUAGGUAGGUAGGUAGUUUUCAAGGGCUGAAUUUGCUUUCAUAAUAAAGUGGAUAGUCACCAGAGGUAAAAUAUACAUAUUUGCACUUUUUAAUAUUGUGCCAAAAAUGUUUUUGGAAGAUGUGACUGGCAGAGAAAGAAAGUUUAAAAUAAGUAUAACCUUCUUUUAUUAGAAGAAAAGGGAAUAAUGUUUGACUUUAAACAUGAACUUUUAGUAUACCUCAAAAAUGGAGGUAAGCAUUUCUCACUAAGAGUUUUCUUUAUUGAUGAACUUCUGUCUGUACUCUUUAGCCAACUUUUUGGUCAUUUCAUUGCCCACUAGUACUUCUUCCACUUGAGAAUUGAAACAAAACAAUAUCUCUUGAUAGAUUGGGGAUCAAUAAUCCCUUUAAGCAUAUGUUAGGGAUUGUUAAGAGUGCCUCCAGCAAGUACCACAGGUUGCCUACCUCCCUCUGAAUUAGAUGUUCUGUUACAGCAGAGAUGAAUGAGACUAAAAAUUACAAUUAUGUCUUGACCCAGUUCUACACAUUCUACUAAUUUGCUGAACUCUGAAUACAAAGUUCCCUUCUCCCCCUUUGUUCAUUAGUUAAAUCAAAUUUUGUUAAAAAUUUUUUUCUAACUUUUUUUUUAAGAGUGAAAGAAAGCCUAGUAAACUAGUUUGAGCCAGCAUCAAACUUGAAUAAAAAACAUUAAAAAAAAAAAAAAACUAACUCACUUGAUGGUUGAUUCAGUUCUAAUCCUUUGGAUGCAAGGCUUGAUGGAAAACAACUAUUAGUCAUGAUUGGUGUCUUGAAUUACCUAUGAUUUCAUAUAUACACUGUUUUUAUUCCUCAGUACCAGAAAUAAUGAACAACAGCAUAAACCCCAACCGUAAAUUAUUGGUAAAGUUGAAAGCUAAUAUAUAGAAUUUUGACACUGAUUCUUAAGCCAAACAGACUACUGGUAUUAUGAGUUACUUUUUUUCCCCCCAGAGUGUGGUUCUUUUGGACUCUAAUAUUAGCAUAUGACCCCAGUAAAAAUGAAAGCUCAUUUGCCUUAGUUUGGCUGUAUUGAGCAAAGACAGAACAUCAGUGCCAAUUGUGGCUAUGAACUGGCCACCGUGGUUCUGUUGUGUCCUGGUUAGAGAUCUCUAGUGGCUCAAAUGUCUAGUGGACAAGGAUGAUAUCUUGACAUGUAUGCACUCUGUUCCUCUUCCUCCCUGGGACUAUGAGAAUUAUAUUAGCUAAAUCAUUGAUUGAACCUCUCCUGGGGUAAGGAGAUAACUUUGCUCCCAUUCGGGUUGUUACUAUCCCUGUAUUCACUAAGUCUGGUUCCAUUCUAUUACCUUUUUCCAGGUUAUCCUUGAGGUAGGAAAAAGGGUUAGCGGCUUCAGAUUGUGAAUUUGAGCGUUCCUAAAACUAAUAGUGGGAACAACUGAGAAGCUCCUGGAUAUUUUCUUUCUACUACUGACCUUCUUUGUUUCCCCUACAGCACCUAAACAGCAUGGUUUCCUUUUCAGAUCAUCUCUUCUUCCCUUCAACUACAUAAAGUGUCACACAUAAAAAAUGAGACUUGUAAAGUUGUUUCAGAAUGAUAUUUUAAAAUGUUAUAAUGUUGACUGUCUGACAAAGGAGCUAUUUGUAGAUAAUUGCAUAAGGAAAAUUGAGACCCUACAAAAGAUAGUGACCAGAACAAUCAAACUGAGUUGGAAAAUUUUUUUGUAUUAAAUUCCUUUUAUAUUUUAUAUUUUCUUGACUUUCAUAACAGAGUUGGCACAAACAAGUUAUAUGAAGCAUGACUUUAUAAUAGAUAUAAAUAAGUAUCUCUUGCAUGCUGAAUGACUGAGUCACUUAAUUGAAAAGAAAUAUUUGAUAGUUUUGUGCUUGAGCAACUAAAAAUCCAAAUAUAUUUUACAAGUGUACUUAACAAUUAUAAAAACCAAAAAGGAUGCAGUUAGGUGAAAGCUUUUGUUUUUUUCUUCUAUGGUACCUAGAGUUGAAAGCUAAUAGCUUUUUCUUGACAUAAAAGAAGAGCACAUUUCAGCUAUUGGUGCAAUUUUGGUAGGAUGCAUUGUCUAGAACUCUGGUUCUUUGUGCAUAACUUAUUUCAGGUUGCACUUACACAUUAGGAGACAUUUAUCAAGCAGCCAGAUUUUUUGUGUGUAUAUUUUAGUUCUCACCUGACAAGGGUCAUAAUGUAGACAUAACUUUGGUCCAUAUUGGAUCUCUUUUCCCUUUCAAAUCCUUUGUUCACAUUAUCUUUUUAAGAUUCUGCAAGUUUCAGGUAGGGUUCCUGAAAUUGCUUUGAAUAGACAUGACCUUUUUUUCAUCCUUUAUCAAUAAUGGACUAGGGAAGAAUCUGACUUUGAAAAGUCAAACCUUAUUAAAACUUAUAAUUUGAUAGAGCCUUUCAUUAUUUCACUUCAUAUUGUCUGGUGGAUUUUCCCCCAUUUUUACUGAAUUUUAAUUUAAAUUCCUUCCUUUUCCCAUUCCCUUUUUGGAUGAAGUUGUAGCAUGUGUUGCUAAUGUUUGUUUUGUAUGUGUGUGUAAACAGUGUAAAAGUAUGCUUACAAAUUACAUUCCACUCCAUGAACUGUCCAGAUCUGAUCAAAAGCCCUUUGCUGUUAGAAUUCUAUAACUGCAUAAGACAUUAAACCUGUGUUGUUAUACAUGUUGUCUUUCUUUAAUUCAUUGCAUGUUCACAGGCAAAUAGUACAUUUAUCUGUACCAGGCAUUCAUCUUAAUUAUCUUCAGAACAUUUCAGCAUCAAUAGCAUCAGUACUCUGAAGAUAGAUUAAAAGUUUAUACUAAGAAUUUUGUUCACGUGAAUUACUGCAUUGGUUUUUUUUAAGAAAGUAUAUAAUUCACUCUAUCAGAAUUUGCUGUGGUCUUAUAUGUUGAUACAAAGCUAGCAAGUUUCAUUUUUACGCUCCUGAGGUCAUUUAUUUAACUUUGGGGGGACAAAAAGAAGUAAAUAUUAUCAGUUAUGGGAAAUAAUCCAAAUUAAUAACCAAUAAUCUAAUCUGGAUUGUUGUAAUGUGUAAUGAAGUGUAAUGAAGAUAAUUACAUUGUACUUGCAUUUUUUUUUUUUUUUGGUUGUAUUUCAUGAGUGAAGAGAAUUCCCAAUAAGAAAAUUACUUUUAUUAAGUGCAGAUUGCAAUUUUGUGAUUUAGUUGUUUGGGACACUGAAAUGCUAAGUGAUGUUUACUUAUUGUUGCAAAACUUAUUAUGUAUUAGAAACUGGACUUAAACUUAGGUCUUCUUGGCUUAGAAUCAGGCUCUAUCAAUUAUAUAUUGCCUCUCUUCUAGUGCAUAGAAUUUUACUUUUAAUUUAACCAGUCUGAGAAACAAUUUAAAAGUGUUCCAUGUGCACAAAGCUGUGUUAUUUCAAUUGUUAAAGGUUUCCCUAUUUAGAGAAGAGUUUGUGGUUUUGCUAAGGAAAAGCUUUAUUGAAAGACAUUUAUUUCCAAGUUUCACCCUGCCAAAUGAAGUGUACAAUGCGUUUCAUUAGAAUGUGAACAUCUGGGAAAGUGGUUCUAGGCUUGAUUGAUUGUAACUACCUACAUUUUAAGUGGCCUCUCAAUUUGGUAAAGUUUUUGUAGACUUUUAUCACCUCAUUUAUAUUAGUUGCAUAUCUAAAGAGUUUCAUUUAGAAAAAAAAGAAUUGUGUAAACAUUUAUAUGCAUUAGCUAUAUUUAACAUGUAACAUAUGAAUUCAUAAGAGCAUGGGGUAACAUACCUUCAGUCUCAGUAGCUUUUUUAAAAAGCUAAAUCAUUUGAUUUUGUUAUAUUUUUGUAAACUACAGUGAUUUCAUGUUACUUUUCAAAUAUUGUUUUCCAAGCUAUUGUUUUAAAGAGAAAUUAUAAAGACUGAAUAAUGUGAGGAGAGAAAUUUUUAAAGUAGUAUUUCUUACCUGUGAGGUCAUUCUGGUUUCCUUCAAUACCUGUACUAUUGACCUUUUGUAAUAUCUUUAGUUCCUUGUCUUUUCCUGAGCCUCAGGCCUUGAAAAGAGUUCAAAAUGAAAUCCAUUAAGGGCAGCACAACUGCUGAGGAUGGAAAUUAGUCCAACUGCACAUACUGCGAUACAUCUGUAACCGAGCUGUUCUUGCAGGGGAUUAAGGAAACUGGUAUAGCAGGGUGAUGUGCAUGUUAAACAGAUGAUUUUGAACUCCACAGUAACCAUCCUUUUUAAAGGACAUCCUUGGGAAGCCCUACUCAAAGUAAAGCCUAAAGCCUUAAAGAAAAUUUUUAAAAAUCUGCCCUUGUCCACACUUACUCUUAUGGUACUUGUAACAGUGAUGAAUAAUGAUGUUUGUAGGGAGAACAUCAGUGGCCUGAAAUAAGUACAAUACUAAUGGGUCAUAUUUUUUUCAUUUUCAUUAAAAAUUCCAAAUUGCUUAUCCUCUAAUAAUGUCUUUGUAAAAUUUAUCUGCUGUUUCUUGGGGGUGGGUCCUUGCCAAUUUGCAUGGCUUUAUACAGAUGAAAAUUAAUGGGCAUUUCCAAGCUAUAUCUUCUGUAUACAUUCCAAGGUUGUUCCUUAUGACACGUUGUGAAUGGGACAAUAAAGUAGCAAAUUGUUUUGA